GGGGCAGCCGGUAAGGGCCGGGGAGGCGUCGGUGCCGCGGGGGGAUCCGCGGGCGCGGGGCCCGGCGAGCGGCACCUGUCCAGAGACUCAGGAUUGCAGUUCUGUAGUGCAGAAUAACCAAGCAAAACUGGCCGAGACUGUCACUCAGACUGUGUGUGCUUGACAGAGAACUGCUAGGAUGGGUAACAGUGCAUUAAAAGCCCACCUGGAGACAGCACAGAAAACUGGUGUGUUUCAGCUAACGGGAAAGGGACUUACAGAGAGGAACCAAAACCAUCAGUCUGUUGACCAGGAUGCACUGAUGAUUUUUCCUGAAGAUCUGCAGAAGCUAACAAGCAACUUAAGGACAAUAGACUUGUCAAACAACAAAAUAGAGCUCUUGCCACCACUCAUUGGAAAAUUUUCCAUCUUGAAGAGCCUUGCUCUAAACAACAACAAACUGACUGCUUUACCUGAGGAGCUGUGUAAACUGAAAAAACUGGAGACACUACACUUGAAUGGCAAUCACUUGAGGCAGCUACCAACUGCAUUUGGACAGCUUUCGGCUCUCAAAACCCUGAGUCUUUCUGGAAAUCAGCUUCAGACCGUGCCCUCACAACUCUGUGGUCUUCGCCACUUGGAUGUAGUAGAUCUUUCAAAAAACAAGAUCCAAAAUGUACCUGACACUGUUGGAGAAUUGCAGGCUAUUGAGCUCAAUUUGAAUCAAAAUCAGAUUUCUCAGAUCUCAGUGCAGAUCUCCCACUGUCCACGCCUCAAAGUCUUGCGCUUAGAAGAAAACUGUCUAGAACUCAGCAUGCUUCCUGAAAGUAUCCUCAGUGAUUCCCAGAUCUCACUGCUUGCAGUAGAAGGCAACCUCUUUGAAAUAAAAAAACUCAGAGAACUGGAAGGUUAUGACAAGUACAUGGAGCGAUUUACUGCAACAAAGAAGAAGUUUGCAUAAUCAUUAUUCUGACCCUGUGUAUUCCUAGGAAAGAGAGUUAGUGACUGAAGCAUCUACUUCACUGACUUAAAAGACUGAUGAAGGAAAUGAUCACAGUAUUCCUCCUCUGGUAGUCUGAUAUGGUCUGUUAAGGCCACAUUGAAUAAAGCUGAACUAGAGAACAUGAAUAUUGAACUGAUGAACCUGCCCAGGGGCCAGUUUUGAUUUUUGUGCCACUAGAGCUUUUAACACAUGUUCUCCUUUGUCAGGGCUUGUUCUUUCACAGAGAAGGGGAAUGAGCAUUUCAAAGUUGCCAGUUCCCUUUUGUCAGGAAGCUGGCUGUUGAUUUGUAAGAGGAUUAUUUAUUCUGGAAAUAUUUUUCCAUGAUAGGACAUGGAAGUUUGAUCACCAAAGCAGAUCUGAAACCUAUGUCUUGUAGUAACACUAUUCUACAGAGAACUUUUACAGGUGAGAUUUUUAGUUUAUAACCUCUGCAAGUUUUUUAUGAAGCACAAAUAGUUGGGACUAAGUUAAGUGUUUUUAUUAACUUCUGGUAAACAAACCAUAUUUUGAACAUCAUUCAUAUUUUACUGUACAGGCUUUCUUUUCCCAUAAAUGAGAAUUGCACUACAGUCCACUUUUCCUUGAGUUGUAUAAAAUAAAAAUGAGGUUAAUCUUCAGUGUAUUCAGUAAAAAUGUGUAUUGCUGGAAAAUAUCCUUGCACUGACUCCUUGUGUACAGAGCAAUGCUGCAAGUUUUAGUUGUCAGCCUAAUGAUGCUGCCUUAUUACCAAAAGCACCUAGAAAGAGCUAAAAAUGUAUGCAAUUAUGUAACUUAUUCUGAAAAGGAAAAUGUACUUGUUUAUUUUAGUAAAUAAUUUUCAGAAAAUCA